AUGAAAAAGGUCAAAGAGGCAACAAAACAAAAAGAUGUAGAAAUAACCAAAAAAAAUUGUAAUUCAACCAAAACUGCCAAUAAAGACCUCAAGCAUAUACAACCUACCAAGUCUACCCAAAAACACCCUUCUACAGUAGUAUUUACUGUAGCAAAUUCACGCGACAGUCGCAGAACCACGAAGUAUACACCUCUGCAAACUAUUAACGAAAGUAGCUCCCCUUCUAAUUAUACAAUACCUAUUUCAGACUUAAAAUACGAUAAAAUAAAUGAGAAUUCUCUAAAAUAUACUAAAGACAAUUCUCAAGAAUUACCUUUUCAAAAUAAACCAGAUUACCAACAAAAACCAAUAGUAGAUUGUGCACAAAGAAGUUUUUGGAUAUCAACUGUAAACUAUCGAAUUAAAUUAACAUCGCCUAAAAUUCAACAGCCAAAUUACAUGAAUUUAAAUAAUCAUGUGGAUAAUAUAAUGUUUAAAAAAAGUGAUCCCUUAUUUAAUAUAAAAGUGGAAUCAAAUCCACUAAAAGACAAUGAUUUAGCAGAUAGGGUGACAGAAGCGUACCAUAAUAAUUUGAUAACCAUAGGGUUUAUGCAUAAGCUUGAUGAGAAUGAUAUGCAUUUUAAAAAUAAUUAUAAAAAAUCAAGUAAUACCAUUUUAAGUAAUGAUUACAACUUUGUUGGAAGUAAAAAGUUAACAUGUAAACCACCACUAGAAUUGGGGAAUACUCUAUAUGAAAAUAAUGACGCAAGUUCUAAUGGAGAUAGUGAGAAUUUCAACGCAGCACAGCAACAGCCUAAGCAAUAUUUUAUGACUCCUUUACCUAUGAAAAUAGACGAUUUUAAUAUUUUUUUAAAAAACCAUGAAAUUGAUGUUGAAUCAGUAACGGCUCCUUUAAGACAUCCAGUUCCGUUUAGUGCUAGUAUUACUGAUAAAUGGAAGUUAAAUAAAAAGUACGUUCCAAAAUCAUUAAACAAGACAUUUUUACUAGAAGGAUACAAAUCAAAAAAAGGAAAAGAUCUGAAACUUGAUACUAAUGUUAAGUUCACGGAUUAUGAUAUUGAAAAUGUUAAGAAAAAAGAAAAGUUGAUCAAAAAUAUAAAGAAA